AUUCAAAAAAUCGCCUUCCUAUCUAGAAAGAAAAAUAGUAUCAAUGCUUACAAUAUCCUAAAGGACCUAUCCUCAGCAGUAGCUCCUUUAAUGAAAGAAAGCAACCUCAAAAUUACUCUUCUAACUGAAUUCUACCCCAACAACAAAUCCCUUCUAGGUUUAAACUACAAUAGUGGCCAGAAAAUCUGUUUGCGUUUGAGAUCUCCAUUUGAUGAAAAUACUUUUCUACACUUUACUGAAAUCUUGUCAACUUUGUUGCACGAAUUAUCCCACAAUUUUCAUGGGCCCCAUGAUAACAAAUUCUACAACUUUUUAUCUCAUCUAAAUGAAAGACUCUAUCAAAUCCAAAAAUUAGGUUCUUAU